AUUUUAUAAAGUUGGAGUAGAUGACCACCAACGUUCCUUGAGGUUAGUGCUCAGUCUUUAAAAGUGUUCAGCAGCACAAGGAACAGUGAUAUAAAGAAAGAUGGUGUAUCAUUACUUUCUCACUAAUUGGGCUUACUUUCCACCAAAUAUUGCAUUCACUUUGCAACUCUGUAUCCCCUUCUGGUUAGUAGAUCAUCUAUUUUCAAUCACAGCCAAAAUUCUGAUGGGAACAAUAUGGACACUUCCUCUCUCUGUUUUCUCAUCUUCAUUCAUCAGCUCAUUGCGUUAUGACCUCUGCCCAUAUCAUUCCGUUCAAACCACUCUUGCCGAAGUUAUCCAAUGACCUCCACAUAGUGACAGCAGAUGCUUUCCAUACCCUUAAUGAACCUACCAGUCUUGACACAGCUACUUUUCUUUGAAAUCUACCUCUCUUGGCUUCUGCUAUUUUCUGGUUUUCUCUCCUCUAGCUGUUCCUUCUCAAGUUCAUUCAUAGGCUUGUCUAUUGUUGCUUACCUAUAUGGAGUUGACAGACAAAUCCGUGUGUCCAUCCAGACCUCUGUGUGAACUCUAAAUCUCCAUUUCCACCUGCCUUCAAUCCAUUUCCACUGGAUCUCUUAAUAUAUCUAAAUCUGGACUCCUGGUUUUCAAUCUCAACCAUAUUCCUUUGUUUCUUACCUCAGUGAACAGAACAACGUUUUGCAUAAAGCAGAAACUGAAUAGACAUCUUUUUUUUAAAUGUUUAUUCAUUUUUGAGAGAGAGAGAGAGAGAGAGAGAGAGAGCGAGAGCGCAUUAGCAGGGAGGGCCAGAGAGAGAGGGAGACACAGAAUCCAAAGCAGGCUCCAGGCUCUGAGCUGGAGCUAAUCUGGGUCUUGGCAGAACAUCUUGAGAUCUUCCCAUUACAUGAAAGGAUAGAGGCCUGUAUAGAACUUCUGGGAGGCUGUCCUGAAAGUUACUUUUUGCCUCCUGGCAAAAGUGGGGUGGCUCACAGCUCACACUGAAGCCAUCCAGCCCCUUUCAACUUGCUUCCAUCCAUUUGGGCGCGUGGGACAAAGAUUGCAAAGAACUGCCAGUACCUUUGAUGUCUCUUCCUUCUGCUGACGAUCUCAGCAAGGAGACUCCACUUCAGACUGGUGCAGCCAAGAACACAGGGUUCCCUUCCUCCCAACUCCCAGUUGGAGGGCUUUCCUCCCAGGAGGACCAAGACUUCAGUGUUUCUCAUCCUGCUCCCCACUUUCUGUUGCUGAGAGUAAGCCCCAGUGCGGGUCCUGGCUCAGUCCGCUGGCCCGGAAGAGGAGGGACCGGACACCGCACCCAUCACCCUCGUGGCCGGCGGUCCGUGACGCACCAUGGGGUCUUUUGCGUCCAAGGCUGCCCUCGGGGCUACCACCGACGAGCCCACAGAACCCGAGCCGAAACACCUGGCAGAUCUAAUACAAUACGUAAACGAAACAAAUAUGAGUGUUAAACAUCUGGCUGAUGUUCUUUCUGAGAAGGCCAGGAGCAGCAGCUGGGUGGUAGUGUUUAAAGCCCUGGUCACUGUGCAUCACCUCAUGGUUCAUGGAAAUGAGCGUUUUAUCCAGCAUCUUGCAUCUAGAAGCUCUUUGUUCACUUUACACAACUUCCUGGAUAAAAGCACGCUAGAAGGCUAUGCUAUGUCAACCUUCAUCAGGCGAUAUAGCAGGUACUUGAAUGAGAAGUCACUCGCAUGUAGACUGAUCACAUCUGACAUCACCAAAGCCAGGAGAGGGAUGGAUGGUAUGAUGAGAACUAUGGAUACAAAACAGCUGCUAAACACUCUUCCAGUUAUUCAAAUUCAGUUUGAUGCUCUUCUUAAUUUUAAUGCAAAUCCUGACCAGUUAACGAAUGGUAUAAUCCAUGCUGCUUUCAUGCUUCUCUUUAAGGAUUCUCUUCGCCUCUUUGCAGCCUAUAAUGAGGGGAUCCUUAAUCUGCUAGACAAGUAUUUUGAUAUGAGGAAAAGCCAGUGUAAGGAAAGCUUGGAUAUUUGCACCAAGUUCCUUGCAAGAACAACCAGGUUGGCAGAGUUCCUGAAAGUAGCAGAGGAAGUCGGAGUUGACCAGAAAGACAUUCCAUAUCUUACACAGGCACCCUACAGUUUACUUGAAGCCCUAAAAGAGCAUUUAGCUUCUUUGGAAGAGAAAAAUGACAGUUUUCCUCCUUACAGUCUUCAGCGCGCAUUGAUUCCCCCCAUCCCAAAUAAUCCAGUUGUGAAAACUUCAACAAGCAGAGCUUGGUUCUCAGUCUGCAAACGUGUUGGAGCCAAACGGCAAGGUGGAAAAACCAUUGCAAACAAUCUGGAUGGCUUGCCUGCUAGCCUUGCAGGAAAUCUUAACUUCGGAGAAAGUCCAGUCAACAAAUCUGACAUGAAGUGGCCUCAGACUUCAGACAAGGAAAUUACUGGUGGAAUGAAGUGGCAGCUGAAUACCUACACGUGCACAUCAACCAUCUGGAACCAUGUUUCCAUUCCUCUGGUUCAAACUCCAGUGGGAGCUCCUUACCAAAUGGUACCUCAACCCACGAGUUAUACGCAACCAGACUCAGAGACCAGCAAGUAACCCUUCUACUCCAUCCACAAGAAAUAAUACACAAUCCAUGUAGAAGUAUCAAAGCACAAAGAUUCAUAUUCAGAGGUGAAAAAAAGGUGAUGAUCUCUCUAAAGCCUGAACUGAACCAUCCACAUCUGCCAAGUAAAGUAAACAUUCAUUUGAACCAUCA